UUUCUUUCGCCUUCAUUUUCUUAUUCCAAAAAUACACACACACACACAAAAGUUAAAGCUACAAUCUCACACACUGCCCUUAUCCCUACUGCACACUAUGCCCUUCUCCUUAACUCACACAAUGCUUCUGCAUAUCUCAUAUUACAUCCUGCUUCUCGCACAAUCUGUCUUUAUUUUGUCCCACACUAUGCAUAGUUAUCAUACUAAUCCUAUCUCCCUGUCUUAUCUAUACAUUUCUCCGUGUCUAACACUAUGUCUUUUUCCCUGUGUAACUCAAAGCCCACCUAUCUGCAUCACACAGUUCAAAUCUGGUUGUCUUAACUAAACAUUUCUCCUUGUCUCACACUAUGUCCAUCUCUGUGUCUAACACUACGCCCUUCUCCUUGUCUCGCACAAAUCCAAUCUCCUUGACUAGCACUAUGCAUUACUCCUUGUUUCACACUAUGUCCGUCUCCCCGUCUAAGACUACGCCUUUCUCAUUAUCUCACACUAUGUCUUUCUUUUUUGUCUCACACUAAUCCCAUCCCUUGUCUUACAUUGUAUCUUUCUCCUUGUGUUACACUAUGCCCUUCUCCCUGUGUAACACAACGCCCUUCAUCUUGGCUCAAACUGUUCACAUUUUCUAUUCUUACACUAUACUUUUCUCCUUGUCUCAUACUAUGCUCUUAGACUUCGCCUUCUUUACAGAUGUUUUCUAAAUUGGCCUGUGUCUGUGUUGACUCAUCGUGUCUAUCUUUUCAAUCUUUAUACUUUGUACUACCUCCUUUUUAUUUCUACUUUUUUCCUUUGAUUUUAUACGUAUAACAUCUUUUUAUUCUUCCAAUAUGUCUAAUGCUUUUUAUUUCAUUCUCUCCAUGUCUUUGUCAAUUUCCGUCUUUUUCAGUUUAAUCUUUCCUACCCAAAUUUUCCCUUCUAUAAUAGUUUUAAUUCUGGUCUUUUGAUAUCCUAUACGCUCCUUGUCUGAUGAAGGAGCGUCCGGUGAGAUGAUUGAAUGAAGAUAUUUAGUACAACACAUGUCAUGUACGUAAUGUGUUCGAUAGUUGUCUUUUUGACAAUCAUACAUCUUAUUUCAUAGCGACAACCAAAAAAUUCAAACAUAUUAUCAUGUAAAAGUACUUCAACUGUGCAAUACUGAUCUGUAAAGAUAAACGUUUACUCUCACCUUGGAUAAAACUAAACAUACUUCCCUUUUAAGAGUGUAUUCAUAAAACGGAAAGGAUUUUACCGAUUUAUAUGUACGGUGGUAUACAAAACGAACAAAUACAGAUAUCUUAUGAAGAAAAAAAAUAUGUCAUAAUUCGAAUAUCAAUGGAGUAUGGGUAAUAUAAUAAACGCAACCUUUUUACUGGCAUUGUCGGUGACAGCAUCAAGCAGCUUUCUGUGUCAGAUGGAACUUGAACCGUUUAACUUUCCCUCACUUUACAAUCAAAAUUCAAAAACAGUUAACACCGUUGGACGAUUUAUAAGGAUUCAUUCAGCUAAUAAUUGUGAUUUGAAUACAACGGAUAUUAUAAACGAUUAUAACUUUCCAUAUGAAAGUAUGACAGUUGGAUUUUUUGUAUUUGUUUGCGACGAAUAUAUCAGGAUAUCUUUCAACCAGUUAGAAAACGCAACAAUUCUUUCAAGUUUGAUAAGCUAUGUUCAGCUAGACAAAUGUAGUUUUGAUUCAGCAGAUAUUGAUUUAUUCUUUUUAAUAACUAGCACACGUGUAUUUUCAAUUUUGACAGCUAAUUUUACUUCUUUUGAAUCGGCAGCUAACAGGUCAUCGUGUGAAGGCUCCAAAAAUAUUCUAGCACUAGGUCUAACCUGUAUACACAAUGAUAUAAUGAGUUUUAUACAGUAUAUGUUCAAUUGUAACAAUGAAACUUUCAAUGUAAAGGAGAUUUCGGUAAGUCAAUGCAUAGGAGCUAUUAAUCAACAACUGUUUCGUAAAAUAUUUCCAGAACUUCAAACAUUAGAGGUUGAUAAAUGUGAUUUAGAGGCCAAAGUGGAAUUUCCGUGGUCAAUUAACGAUGCAUUCCUCACAGGUAACAUGUCAAGGUCAGAGUAUCUACAAAACCAUAUUAUCAAGUCUAACCAUCUUAAUAUCCCAUACAAUAUGUUUCGAAGGCAUUUAUCGUUAAUUAACAAUGGCCUCACGACAGGAAGUAACAUCCAAAUAAGUCGUAGGUUGCACUUUUUCAAAAUUUCCCAAAACAACAUUUCCUUUUUUGAUGAAGAUAUUUUCAAAAAUGUAGAAGGACUUCAAGUUAUUAUAUUAAGUGAACUUGGAUUACAAGAAAUAAGAGGACUGACUUUUUCAGGACUGACUGAAUUACUGUAUCUUGAUCUUAGUAAAAAUGAACUUAGUGAAUUACCGCCUGGAGUGUUUGAUCAGUUAUCAAGCCUAAUGUUUCUUAGUUUAGCACAUAACAGUUUAACUGUAUUUCCGAAACAAGUGUUCCUUUACCUUAAUAAACUGAUUUCUUUAGAUCUGGGAUAUAAUAAAAUACUCACAGUAGGUGACGAAAUACUUCCAGUGAACAGUGUAGCGUUGAACAGUCUCGUUUUAAAAAACAAUCCAAUCAGAGAAUUUCCGGUUACAAUGCUGUAUAUACGAGGCCUUAAAACAAUUGAUAUUCGGUUUACCAAUAUAACUUUUCAAACUAUGACAGAUUUUCUUGAAAACGUUGACCCGACCUCACUUAUAAGGAGUGUUGAGUCUUCCAGUAGCUCGAUUGACAGUGACUAUUUACAAACAACAGAAAAUUGGAGAGAAAUUGAUUUAAGACAAUCUCAUGUCACUGGAUUCUAUAUCACAAAUAAUGCAAGCUCACAUGCAAAACGCAUGUUGUUGAUAAUAUUGAAGCAUUUCAAAUUCAUAUUUAUAGCGCAAUCUUUCAAAUGUUAUUCGGAUAUAAUACCGUUUAAUAAAUUGAUGCAAAACUUGAAUGAGAGUGGAUAUUGGACAGGAGAGGAAUAUUUCUACACUGAAUGGUCAUGCAAAUUACCAUUUGAGUUCCAAGGAAGAGCUGUUCUAAGACUCAAAGCAGAAGAGACAUAUUCAGUAGUCAAUAUAACUGAAUGUCCACCUCUAUGUGAAUGUUACAUUCGUGAAAUGUUUAAUGUCAUCAUAGUUAACUGCAGGGAUAAAAAAUUAAACACACUUCCGGAAAGUAUGCCGAGUGGAAUGCUAGAUAUCUGGUUAGAAAAUAAUAAUAUUUCAAAACUUUCCUUACAGAAAUAUUUAGGGAAUGUACGACAACUUCUUAUGUCCAACAAUAAGUUAGUUGAAAUAGAACCUGAUGCUUUCACAAAAAUGAUUAAUAUAAAACUGUUGAAACUGGAUAAUAAUUUACUUAAUCACAUCCCAGAAAAUAUCAAAGAAUUAGAUAUCGAUAUGCUCAGCUUGAAGAACAACCCCUUUAUUUGUGACUGUCAUACUUUGUGGUUCAAAAAAUGGCUGACAACGAAUAUUAAUUUAAUUGAAAACAUCCGCGAUGUUACUUGCCAUAGUGAAAACAACCAAUAUGCGCAACAAAUUGUUGAACUCCAAGAUAACAAGUUCGUAUGCAACGGAAGCACAUUAUAUCAAUUGUAUGUGAUUCCUGUUGUCGUUGGAAUCUUAUUGUUAUUUCUUGCACUGAUUCUUGGAAAAUACUUAAGAGUAGAGAUCAAAGUUCUCCUCUACGUUACUUUUGAAUUACAUCCUUUUGAUCGACGGAAAUGUGAUAAAAGGGAAAUAAUAGACCUUGCAAUUAUUCACGCUAAAGAUUCGUCAGAAUUUGUGGAAGAAAAAUUGGUAUUACCGCUGAAACGAUUACAGUUUGUAAUUUUUUGUGUGGCACACGAUUUCAUUGCUGGAUAUUCAUUGCAAGAAAAUGUUUCCUCUAUAGUACUGCGAAGCAAACAUGUUCUUCUUAUAUUGUCCGAUGAUAUGAUGUCAAAUACAGUAUUAAUGGAUUAUACAUGGGCAGAGUGUCAAAAUAAAAUCAAAGUAAACAGAGCUAAUUUUCUGUUAGUAACUAGUGUUACACAAAAGAAUGUGGUUACAUCAUUGAACAAGGACGUACAGAAAUAUCUAAAACUCCAUAAUCACUUAAAUUGCAGAAGUGGACUAUUUUUAAGUAAAAUUAAGUAUACAUUAAGAUCAUAUUCAAAGAAUAAUCUAGGAGUUAGUCACGAUAACCUGAUGAUUGAUAUAAGUCACAGACAAAUAUUUCCGUUUGAAAGGGAAAUACAAAUAACGAAAAACAAUGAUUAUGAUUUAUUCUUUUGUUAUUCAAGCGAUGAACGUGAUUACUGCCAAAACAACUUAAUACCACGAUUAGAGAGAGAAUCAUACAGAAUUUGUACUCCGGAUAGUCACUUUCAUCCUGGUGCCUGUAUAUUGACAAAUAUUGGGCUCGCUGUUGAGUCCUCUUCACAUACAAUUUUUGUAACUUCAAGUUUUGAAACAUUAGAUGAUUUACAGCUGUUUGUGUUUCAAAAAGCAAUCGAAAAGACACGUCUCCAAAAAUACAACCAUUUAAUAGUGAUAUUUUUGCGAGAUAAGACACGUGAAAUAGAAGAUAGAGAUAUAAAAGAUUAUCUUAAUUCUUAUGUGUACCUAGAUGUAACAGACAUCAAUUUUAUUGCACGGUUUAAAAGUGCGUUGAUGCCGCAAAUGACGGGCAAUUUGUCGGAUAUAUAUAUUAAUAAUAGAAAUGGUAUUAUUUAAUUUUUUUCAGUUUUGCAGAUUGUAAUAUGAAAGUUGAAGCACGCACGCUACUCUUACUACCUCUAAAGAAACAGUUGAUGUAAUAUUGUUUAACGGAAAUAUUUAUAUAACGUCUGAGAAUAAUUUUAGUUGUUUUGAUCUACCAUAUGAUAUUAUCAAAUCACAGAUAUGUAAAGAUUAUUUCAUAACAUUUUUCAUAUCAGACCUUUUAUUGGCCCUAUAUCAUGAUAUCAGCCAAAGAACCAAAAGGCUCAAUGAAUGAUAUCAUGAACAAGGGCCGAUGAAGAGUCUGAUAUGAAAAAUGACAUGUAAUGAUCUUUUAUCAUAUAUCUCAGUAGAAGAAACACAGACAAGAAGUAUUUUAAAACAUUGAAAAAAUGCAUUUUUCAUAAUAUAUUACCUGUUUCCUAA